AUGGAUACGCUCCAAGAGGUGUUUCCCAGAUCAUUCCCCCGAGCCCGAAAGGCAUGGUCCGGAAUUGGAAGACCUCCCCGGAGGAGGACCGCCGUCCACCCGACCCAGCUCUUGAUCUGCCGCGGCCAAGAAGCUGAAGGAGUCAGGAACCAUUCUUCUUGCCCUCAGAAGGGUUUUUCUUGCCCUCAGGAGGGUUUUUACCCUACCUACCCUUCCCCUUGUUGCCCUUCAAGUGAGGCUGUGCAGAAGACUGAGCAGCUGAAGACUUCGCCCUCUUUUUGCACAAGAAGUGCCGAGGCGACUGAGUCCUCCUUUAUAUCCUUCUGUACAGAAGGAAGCGCUCCCCCAAACAGGGUAGAGCGCGAGAAGGGGGUAUUCAACAAUCGGGAGAGAUAUCCGACCUUCAGGUCAGGUGUGCGAACAAAGUUCACACGGCGAAGCCUCACUGCAAGGGCGGCACAGGCGACAGGCAUCAUAGGGUCCUGCUCUCCAAAGAAAAGUGAACAUCCAUGUGCUGGACCCGACGGUUACACACCAUCAUAUCUCACUGGUCCAGAAUAUGCUGCUCAAGGAGACUGGUACAUGAUCUUUGAAACAAGCGGUAAUGUGCAAGAGAAUGACACAGCUGUACUGCGGACAGAGUUAAUCCAAAUCGAGAAUACAAGUUGUCUGUACUUCUACUACCACAUGUACGGUGAAGACAUGGGUACAUUGGCCAUAUACACAGAAAUGAACAUGUAUAGGAGUAAGCUGUGGACUGAAUCUGGAAACCAGGGUAUUCUAUGGCAUUUUGAAAAAAUCACCAUUCCAGCAGGCACCCAAAGAAUUAUUAUAGAGGGUACGGAUGGGAUUGGUGUUACCGGUGACAUGGCUCUUGAUUAUAUUGUUUUGUUGGACAAAGAGUGCCCACAAGAUGACAGUCGGUCAACAGCUCAAGACUAUAAUAUUCGCCUAAUUGGUGGAGACAAGGCAAGUUUUGGACGAGUAGAAAUAGCUCCAUCUAAUGACUUUGCAUUCCAAGCAUUAUGCACCUCUAAUUGGGCAGAGAAUAACUCUGAAGUGCUUUGUCGACAACUUGGAUUCGGCCCCGAUAACAUCUACACCCGUACCUAUUUAGAGGGAGAGUAUGCUAGCAUAAGGACGUGGAAAUUCCCUUUGGCGGACAUCGCAUUUUACUGCAAUGGUUCAGAGAAAUUAUUGUCAGAGUGUAGAACAGAGAAGGAUAAAUGUACUGCUAAAAACCAGGUUGCAGUAGCCUGUUCAGAUAAUGCCUGUUUCGCUGGAGAGAUUGCCUGUAUUUCCCCAAGAAUUGACCAUGUACCUGCUAAUGCCACCUGUGUCAAAGAGGAGAAAUGGUGUGAUGGCAAAGUAGACUGUCCCAAAGCUGAAGACGAACAUUAUUGUGGUAACUGCAGCAAUGAUCACUACGAGUGUGACAACCAUAAAUGUGUGUCCUUGUCAGAGCGUUGUGAUGGUAAGAAUGAUUGUGGAGACUGGUCGGACGAGCACUUCUGUGUGAAAAUCAAUGACGAUUUCACAGUACAAGUAAACUAUCAUGGAGAAUGGUUCAGCAUUUGUUUACCAGACCCGGAUAGAAACUUAGCUGGGUACCUGUGUGCCCUGGCCACAUCAGGGUCAUUUCUUUCAUUUCCUGUGUCUACCAUUACAAGUAAUGACACAAUGACCAUCAGCUACGUAACAAAUUCUGAGGGUGUCAUCCGCAGUCACAGUUUACAACCCACAAACAGAGCCUGCGCUGCAUUAAAGCUUGAGUGUAGACCACAAGAGUGUGGUAGAUCUGUUCUAUCCCCUGUGGACAGAGUUAUCGGCGGUUAUGACACUCCUCUUCGAUUGUUCCCGUCAAUGAUCGCCCUGAUGAAAAAUUCUACUACCUUUCAAGGACAAUACUGUGGAGCCUCACUCAUCAGUCCUAAUUAUGUGAUAACAGCCGCUCACUGUGUGGAUGACUAUGAAGAUGGAAUAUACUACCUCCUUGGAUCUUUCACAGACUUCAACAAUUUAGAUGAGCAAGGUUUACGUAUGGAUAUUGCUGAAGUAAUUAAUCAUCCUAAUUCAGACAUAAGAGAUGUAUCUCUUCUUAAACUGACAAAGCCAGUUGCAGAAUCUGACACACUCAGUACAGUGUGUUUACCACCACCAUCAAGGGAUAUAUUCUCUUAUGACACCUGUCAUGUUCUAGGAUGGGGUAUAACAGAAUAUGGUGUUGGGGCUGAACGACUAGAAAUGUUACAAGUUGAUCUUCUAUUAGAAGAGGAUGCUGAGCGCUGUGGGGACUAUAUGAGACUUUACUUUGAUUUGAUAUUACCUCAUGUAGUUUGUAUUGACAACAGAGAGAAGCACUCACCCAUCUGUAAUGGUGAUUCUGGUGGCCCUCUAUUGUGCAAGAACCAACAGGGUAGAUUGGAAUUGGUGGGAAUCACAAGUUUUGGUGCUCGUUCCUGUCUGAACUCAGAAUUUACAGACGUCUAUGAAAAUAUAAUGUAUUAUUUGGACUUUAUCUAUGAUAACACUGAUCUGGAACGCUAA